UUUGUGAUCAUUGCCUUGCUGUAGAAUGAACCACCGGCCAAUGAGUUUUAAACUUGAGCAGAUAGGAUGUGUUUAUACACUUCAGAAUUCGUUAUGCUACUACCACAGCCUGGCCAUCUAUUUUUGCGGCUAACCAGUGGUUUACAUCUUGCAGUGUAGCCUCUGUUUUUCUGUUCAUGAAGUCUUCUGCGGACAGUGGUCAUUGACAAAUCCACACCUGACUCCUGAAGAGUGUUUCUGGUCUGUCAGACAGGUGUUUGGGGAUUUUUCUUUAUUAUAGAGAAUUAUUCUGUCUUUAGCUGUGGAGGUUUUCCUUGGCCUGCCAGUCCCUUUGCCAUUAGUAAGCUCACCAGUGCUCUCUUUCUUCUUAAUGAUGUUCCAAGCAGUUGAUUUUGGUAAGCCUGAGGCUUGGCGGAUGUCUCUAACAGUUUCAUUCUUGUUUCUCAGUCUCAUAAUGGCUUCUUUGACUUUCAUUGGCACAACUUUGGUCCUCGUGUUCAUAAACAGCAAUAUUUUUUUCAAAGGUGAUGGAGAGACUGGAGGUAAGACCAGGUGCUGAGAGCUCUCUUAUACCUGCAUGAAGGAGGCAAUUAAACACACCUGGGCAAUUACAAACACCUGUGAAACCAUGCGUUCCAAACUUUAUGGUUACCUGAAAUGGGCGGAACUAUGUAUAAACACAGCUGUACAUGGUGAAACCAAAAUGUAUAAAAAUACCCUUUAAUAAAAUCUGACAAUGUGCACUUUAACCACAUGUGAUUUUUUUUUUUUCUCUAUACAAAUCUCAAAUAGUGGAGUACAGAGGCGAAUACAUAAAGGAUAGGUCUUUGUCCCAAACAUUAUGGAGGGCACUGUAAGCUGACAAAAAAUAUGGUAAUAAUGUGAUGGGCGUCAUUGCCCAUUUUCUGUGCUGUACACUCAAUAACUCUUGAGGGUUCAAUGAUUGCAAGGUUUCAAGUCAUUGUGAUGGUACUCCAAAAUGACCUUUAAUUGACCUUGGUGGUUGCCAAAAGCAGCACUUAUGACUGCAGCUACAGAUUCUGAACAAUACUGGAGUCCAGUAGGAAGGUCCAACUGUGUCAUACCUAGCACCUAGAGAUAUGUUUAUUAUUUGCAUGUGUAAUAUUUGGCUUGGGAGAUUAUUCAGAUAAAUAUCUGACUAUUGUCAUGGCUUUAGCAGUGGUCUUCUCUUGCCAUGAAGUCAGACGUGCAACCCUUUGCUGACUAUUCCACAUCAGCAUUUACAUUUUCUCCUCUAAUUAAGUAACCUGUGCCAGUUGACACCAGAAUUGGGAUGAUUUCCAUGUAUGGUCUAACUAAAUGAUAACUGACAUUUGAACCAUGCAAGUACUAGGUAUUGAUUUUCUAAAAUGAGACACAGUCCAAAUCAUGUUUGACCUUCAACAGCAGUUUUGCAACUAACUAAUAAUAUCUUGCAUGUUAUCAUUGGUCAGUAUCUCACCUCAGAGCCACGUCAACCAGGUACUGGAGGAAUAGAGUGGACCAUGUUCCCUGUUGCUUCCUUUGCUCUUAAAACCUUCUGCUCCCAUCCUGCCCCUUGAGAUGUUCCACCAUUGAAUCGUAUAAUGGAUAAUCUGUACCUCCAUACUAACCUGCAUCUGUAGAAUUUAUUGUAUGUCUCCAGUUGCCCUGAGAAGGUGGUGGGUUCUUCAUUGCCGUCUUGUUACUCCUUAUGUGCAGGAAGGAACUGCAGAUGCUGGUUUACACUGAAGAUAGACACAAAAAUGCUUAGUGGGACAGACCGCAUCUUUGAAUAGAAAGAAAGGGUGACGUUUAGGGUCGAGAACCUUCUUCAGACUGAGAAUCUGGGGAGAGGGAGACGCGUUGAAAUGGAAGGGUCUGUUUCUCCACUGUGCCCCAUUCUCGAGUAUCAUGAAGGAAACAAUAGCAACGAUCGUAAAUAUGGACUGGAUAUUGUGUGUUUGUUUUAAUCGAAGCAUUAAUGAGCCCACUAAAGGAUGCCUGCUUGGAACAUCAUCUUCAGCGGGCUAUUUCAGCACAACAGGUCUAUGGAGAGAAACGGGAUAACAUGGUUAUUCCUGUUCCAGAGGCGGAAAGCAACAUUGCCUACUAUGAAUCUGUCUACAGUGGGGAGUUCAAGAUGCCAAAGCAGCUUAUUCACAUACAGCCUUUUAGCUUGGACGCUGAGCAACCAGACUAUGACAUGGACUCGGAUGAUGAAGCAUUUGUGAAUAAAUUAAAAAAGAAAAUUGACAUCACUGCACUGCAAUUUGAGGAGAUGAUUGAUCGACUAGAAAAGGGCAGUGGCCAGCAGUUGGUAACUCUCCAGGAGGCAAAGUUGUUAUUGAAAGAGGACGAUGACCUGAUCUGGGAAGUGUACGAAUAUUGGAUUCGGAAAAGGAAAAACUGUCGAGGUUGCUCACUUAUUCCAACUGUAAAACAAGAAAAGCGGGAUGGUUCCAGCACCAACGAUCCUUAUGUUGCAUUCAGGAGAAGAACAGAGAAAAUGCAGACUAGAAAGAAUCGUAAAAAUGACGAGGCUUCGUAUGAAAAGAUGUUGAAACUGCGCAGGGAUCUUAGUCGAGCUGUAACUAUCUUGGAGAUGAUUAAACGGCGAGAAAAAAGCAAGAGAGAAUUGUUGCAUCUGACUUUGGAAAUUGUAGAAAAAAGGCACAGUCUCGGUGAUUUCAGUGGAGAGAUUUUAUCAGAGGUCAUGGAACAGCGGCAGCAUGCAAAGCCUACCUACGCAGUGCCCAUUAUUCCAAUAUCAAAUAGCAAUCAAUUUAAACAUCAAGACUUUAUGGAGUUUAAAGAAUUCAAAGUUAAUAAGCAAGAGAAUGUGGAGAUUAUACGACCCAAGCGAAAAUAUGAGAAGAAAAAACAUAAAAUCUCUCAACCAAUUGCUGCUGCACCUCAGCAGCCAAGUCCUGCUGCACUGCCAGUCUUUAAUGCAAAGGAUAUAAACCAGUAUGACUUUCCCAGCUCGGAUGAAGAGCCCUUCUCGCAGGUCCAUUCUGCAUCCUCAGAAGCAGAAGAAGAGAAUGAUCCAGAUGGUCCUUUUGUUUUCCGAAGGAAAGCAGGAUGUCAAUACUAUUCACCCCGCUUGGACCAAACGGGCAAUUGGCCAUGGUGUAGUCCAGAAGAGGGAGGAUUAGGAGAUGUUCGUUAUAGAUACUGCCUCACUACACUGACUGUUCCCAGGAGGUGUAUUGGUUUUGCACGGAGGCGUGUCGGUCGAGGUGGAAGGAUUUUGUUGGACCGAGCGCACACGGCAAACGACAUUCUUCUUCAUCAGUUGGAUCCUGAGAUACUCUCUUCCCCACCCCAUUCUCCAUUUAAUGAAUUUGCCAAUACCUCACAAAUAAAUACCUCGGAUCAUCCUUCUAGAGACCUCACUCAGAUUCUAGCAAACAUUAAGGCAUGCCGAUGGCAGCAUUUCAGACCCCGGUCACCAAAUCUUCAGGACAAUGAUGGUGAUGAACUGUCCUCCCGAAAGCUGUAUCGGGGUGUAAAUCGAAUCGUAACAGCACAACUUGGGACCCAGCCAUGUAGUACCUCUGUCUCCAGCAAAAGCAGUGGCACUGGUUCAACACAGAAUAGUGCAUUUACAGCAGAACAAUACCAGCAACAUCAACAGCAACUAUUACUGAUGCAGAAACAACAACUUGCACAGAUUCAGCAGCAGCUAGCACAUAGUAAUUCAGGCUCCAAUUCUUCACAGGGUUCUGUUUCAAAAACAUUGGAUUCAGUCAGUGCACAAUUUGCAGCCUCAGCUUUAAUGACAUCAGAGCAAUUGAUGGCAUACAAGGCAAAGGAGGAAGUGGUGCUUGGAAUCAAUGGUGUCCUUCAAGCCUCAGGAAACAUGAACGGAAACCUCUGGAGACUUUGCGCCCCACCCCAGGUUUCCGUGCGGUUCCCGGAGAUUGCAGGUGGUUGCCGGAGGUUGCAGGUAGUGGAAGCAGGAUCGUACAAGGGCUUACACCUCACUAGUACCACGCCAACGGCACUUGUACAAACCAGUCAGUCAUCAUCAUUAUCAGCAGGUUCAGCCUUACUGCCAUCCUGCAGCAACACACAGACAACAACAUCCCAUACAGCACUGAGUCACCAUGGAAAUACUACGAACUCAAGUCCUCAGGUUUUGCUUGGCAACAGCCUUCGUAUAGGUGUACCCAGCUCAGUAGCUGCUGUUAAUUCUGUCACCAGUCUGAAUGCUCGACAUAUACCACGAACUUUAAAUACUGUUCCAACAGCUGCCUUAAAACUGGCUUCAGCAGCAAAUUGUCAGGUGCCCAAGGUUGCAGGCUCCACCUCCAUGGAUGGAGUACCAAGGGAAAACCAUGACACUGAAAAGCCAGCACUAAACAGUAUAGCAGACAAUACAGUGGCGAUGGAAGUAACGUAGUGUCCACAAAGACGGCUGCAGCCUUGGGAACUCAUUUAAGUGCUAUGCAUCAAUAGCGUUUGUGAAUGCAAGGGAUGGCAGAAUGCAGCACAUUGCGUUUCCAUGGCAGCUCUGGGGACUUGAUGGCAAUGCACAUCUCAUGCUUUUUUGUUACUGUUGUUAAUAGGAAUUGACAUCUGUAAAUUAUGAUACAGCAAUUAUCUGUACAGUACUACAUAUUUGUAAUACACUUGUAUAUAUGUUACUUGAAUACUGAACUGUUCAUUCGUGAUGCUUUGCACUUGAAAGAAAAACAAAAUUGCAACCAGUAAGAGUGUGAGAUGUGAGAGAUCUAUAGAGAUGAAGUGUCAUCACAUCAUGUGCAUGGUGCGGAACCUGCUGUUUUAUCUAUUUAUUGUGCUGUGUUUACAGUUUUGUACACUGUACCUUCAUUGGUUCCUGUGCUGUAGUAAAUGUGUUAGGUAGCUGUGGACUCCUUGGUAUUUUGUAAAUGGUGAACAUACUUGGUUCCCCUCUGGGUCCCUGAGUUUCUGUGUAUCAUGUAAAAAUGGUGACAUACAUACAGAUUUGAAAAUUAAGGCAUCGGUUUGUAAAUGGGGAUGGAACUACUUCAUGGAGACAUAGGGAUCUUCCACUUAUAUUUGUUCUAACGCAAGUAACAAGCUGGAAAUGAAGUCACACUUUUUUUUCAGAAGCAGAGAAGCUUCUGCAAAAUUAUUUUAGCACUAAUUAUUUUCUAUGCUGCUUAGAUUUUUUUGCUCAUUUGAGUUUAAACAAAUUGAACCUCCUUCAAACAAAUCUGAGCUGUAUCAGAGUUUCCCUUGCUUUUUCAUAUUUCGUUCAUCAUUUUAUUUUUGUAUCUGUUCAAGUUGUAAAUUUCUUGAUUUUGUGCUCCUGUACACACACAGACUUCAUUCUUCACUUGUUCAAAAAGGAGAAGAAACAAAAAGGAGAUAAGGGAGAUGAAUGCAGUAGUUGCUGUACGUGUAUCAUCAUUCCAGUUUCUGAAACAGCCAGCUUUUACUUUCAGAUUCUUGUGAAGGCUGUAAGGCCAGAACCACGAUAUCGGGUGCCUUCCUUUGGAAAUAAUAGACCUCUCUUCUGUGAAGAGAUUGGUACUUAACAGACUACUACUAGUGCUUUGUCAGUACCUGAGUCUGAAUGCCCAUUCCAAUGGCAUAUUUAUCCUCAAGGUUUUUAAUCCCACCUGGAAUUGUGACAGAACUCUCACAAAAUAAACCCAGGGCAUUACAUGUUGACCAA